AAGAACCCCCUGCUCGGUGACGAUGCGCCUGGUCUAGAUGGAAUUGGUAUAAGUAAGAGCAUGCUGCCUUCCGUGGUUCUUGUGUGAGGGGAGAUUCAGAGUAACAUCUCUCCAGAUCGCAGUCUCUCUCCCUUGUGUGUUUGUGACACCAAGCGUCAAGCAGCCGGACAUUACAGGAUGCUUGCGGGAUCUCGUCUCGCGGCCCUCGGGCUGCUGGCUUCACUCUGCUCUGCCGCCCUUCCACAGGCCAUUCGCGCCAUCAACAACGACCCGUUGGCCAAGUGUCCCGGCUACGAGGCUACGAACGUCAAGACGAACGCCAAUGGCUUGACGGCGGAGCUCAAGCUUGCCGGGAAGGCAUGCAAUACCUACGGCACUGACCUGGAUAACCUCGUCCUUGAGGUGACAUACGAGACGGACAACCGCCUGCACGUCAAGAUCCAAGAUGCCGCGAACGAUGUAUAUCAGAUCCCUGAAUCUAUCUUCCCUCGCCCGCAGGCAGCCCAGGGUGCGAACUCCAAGAAGUCCGCCCUGAAGUUCACCUACAAGACCAGCCCUUUCUCCUUCGCCGUCACUCGCGCCAAGACGGGUGAGGUCCUCUUCGAUACUUCAGUCGCUUCCCUGGUUUUCGAGUCCCAGUACCUGCGUCUUCGUACCAAGCUGCCCAACAACCCAAACCUCUACGGUCUUGGUGAGCACUCGGACUCUUUCCGCCUCAACACCACCAACUACAUCCGGACUUUCUGGUCUCAGGAUGCCUACUCCACCCCCAACGGAGCGAACCUUUACGGCAAUCACCCGGUCUAUUACGAGCACCGCAAGAGUGGCAGCCACGGUGUCUUGUUCCUCAACUCCAAUGGUAUGGACGUCGUCAUUGACAAGGACAGCCGCUCCGGUCAAUACCUCGAGUACAACUCCCUUGGGGGUGUCGUUGACUUCUACUUCGUUGCUGGCCCUAGCCCGAUUGAGGUUGCUAAGCAAUAUGCCGAGAUCACCAAGCUCCCUGCCAUGAUGCCAUACUGGGGUUUCGGCUUACACCAGUGCCGUUACGGCUACCAGGAUGCCUUCGAGGUUGCUGAGGUGGUCUAUAAUUACAGCAAGGCCAGCAUCCCGCUUGAAACUAUGUGGACCGAUAUCGACUACAUGGACCGCAGAAGGGUCUUUACUCUGGAUCCUCAGCGUUUCCCCCUCUCGGCAAUGAGGCAGUUGAUCGGCCACCUUCACGAGAACGAACAGAAGUAUAUUGUCAUGGUCGACCCUGCCGUGUCGGCGGCAGAGGGGCCUGAAAACCCUGCUUUGACGAAAGGCAUUGAAGAAAACGUCUUCCUCAAGCGUAAUGAUAGCUCCAUCUACAAAGGUGUCGUGUGGCCUGGUGUCUCAGUCUUCCCCGACUGGUUCUCGGCCAACAUAUCCAGGUACUGGGACAGCCAGUUCACUGAAUUCUUCUCUGCGAGCUCUGGUAUCAACAUUGAUGGUCUCUGGAUUGACAUGAACGAGCCCUCCAACUUUCCUUGCUUCUUCCCUUGCAAUGACCCCGAGAAAUCCGCCAUCGGCUACCCGCCUGAGCCUCCUGCCGUAAGGACACCUCCCCGGGAGCUCCCUGGAUGGCCUUGCGUCUUCCAGCCCGAGGGAACUGAAUGCAAGGAGAAGAAAGACUUGACCAUUGAGGCUCCUGUCAAGAGUGACGUUCUUAUUGCCAAGCGCGAGGAGACUGUGGAAGCUAGCAUUACUGCCGGCAAGCAGCUUGGUCUCCCUGGCCGUGACCUCCUCUUCCCCAGGUAUUCAAUUCACAAUAAGGCUGCUUAUAUGGAUUCAUGGAACGCCGACAAGGGUGGUCUCUCCAACAAGACUGUGAACACCGAUACCAUCCACCAGAAUGGCCUGGCUGAAUAUGAUGUUCACAACCUUUACGGCACCAUGAUGUCGAUCCAGUCCCGCGGGGCUAUGCUUGCCCGCCGCCCUGGCCUCCGCCCCUUCAUCAUCACCCGCUCCACUUUUGCUGGCGCCGGCCACUCGGUUGGCAAGUGGCUCGGUGACAACAUUGCUGACUGGCAACACUACCGUGAAAGCAUUUACGGAAUGAUGGCGUUUGCUUCCAUCUACCAGAUCCCCAUGGUGGGCGCUGAUGUCUGCGGAUUCGGCGGGAACACAACCGAGUCGCUCUGCGCUCGUUGGGCCAUGCUGGGUGCCUUCUCCCCCUUCUACCGUAACCACAACGAGUACCUACCUUCCAUCAGCCAGGAGUUUUACCGUUGGGAGAUCGUGGCUGAGGCCGCCCGCAAGGCCAUCGAUAUCCGCUAUCGCCUGCUCGAUUACAUCUACACUGCCCAAUACAAGCAGUCCGUUGAUGGUACCCCCAUGAUUAACCCAAUGUUCUACCUCUAUCCCAAUGACGCGAACACCUUUGGCCUCCAGCAUCAGUACUUCUACGGUCCCGGUCUCCUUGUAGCCCCCGUCACUGAGGAGAACUCGACCAGCGUUGAUGUCUACCUUCCUAACGACAUUUUUUACGAUUGGUACACCCUUGACGUCGUCCAUGGCAAGGGCAGGACCGUCACUGUCAAGGAUCAGAGCUUGACUGACAUCCCGCUCUACCUCCGCGGUGGCGUCAUCGUUCCUCUUAGGGCCAAGUCUGCCAUGACCACCACCGAACUUCGCAAGCAGGACUUUGAGCUCAUCAUCGCGGUCGGGAAAGACCUUACUGCCGAGGGUGAGCUUUACCUUGAUGAUGGAGUCAGCUUGGAGCAACAGGGUGUGACGAACAUCAAGUUUAAGUAUGCCUUGGGUGUUCUGACUGUCAAUGGCGACUUUGGAUUCAAAACGGAUGUGAAGAUCACCAACAUCACCGUCGUCGGCGCCUUGGAGAAGAAGAGCGUGGAUGUCAACAUCCCAUUGACCCAGUCCUGCACAGCUGUUCUCUAAAGGGUACUGGUGGUAUAGUGAACAAAUGUAUUAUAACUAACGGCCGAUGAUUACCUUCUAGGUAUGAUUGAUGAGGGAGGUUUCUUGCUGCAAUGUGGAAGAAUGUAGGCAGAAGUACCCAUGUACUGUAGCAUGAAUAAAUGAAUGUUCAUGAUGUAGACGUUCCCACUUCCUGCUAUCAGGCCAGGCCUUUCACCUGAGUGAAGACUGAGUGAGGCUGUCAAGGGGCAAACAAUAUUCGAAUUCGAGAACGAACGUCAUCCUUUGCUAUCAUGCAGGGCCUUGCAAAACCACCGAGUCAAUGGUGCAAGUGACAGUCGUGCCGCUCACUGAUGCCCUCGCUCCGGAAAUGGUAUACUUCGUGGCCGAGUUA